CACUAUCAGCAGGUAUCGGAAUAUGACAUGUUCGAGUCGGAGAAAUUGACAACUCAAUUUGUUUCUAGGCGCGCCCUUCAAUUGCCUUAGUACUUCCCCAUCAUGUCCAGUUCGAGAUCAAUACACCCGCCUUCAAUUGCGUCAACCUCAUCCGCUGCCAAAUUCUUCAGCCUACCUAUCGAGAUCCGGUACAACAUAUACGAACAACUCCUCGUUGUACCUCAUCCACUCCACGUGUUCCAAGAUCCCGGGUGCCCAAUAGAGGUCUUUGCACCUGCAAAACCCUAUGCAUGGCUUGCAUUGAUCUACGUCAAUCAACAGAUUUCCGCCGAGGCUCGGACAAUUUUAUACGGCGCGAACCGAUUCGAUUUCCAGGAAAUGGAGACCGUGCGGCGUCCACCCAGCCUCCUAGAAUCCUUUUUUAGUUGUAUUGGCCCUGUGAAUGCGGGAUUUUUGUCCCACAUAUGCAUCAAUUUCCCGGACACUGAGAGGGAGGCUGGUCAGUUGGGAGAUAUCAGACUUCGAGACGAUGGCUUGCAGAGAUUGCGGGUUCUCCAGGAACAGUGUACUGGCUUGAAGACAUUGGAGUUUUUAAAGGAGGAUCAGAUCAAGAACGAGUUAGUAAAAGAGGUUUUGUUGGAUAUCAAUGCGUCAGUCAGAAGUAUUGGUUCUCUGAACAAUAUUGUUCUUAGGAGUUAUAGCGGACCUGUAGCUCCUUCAGUACGAGAGCUCUUGCAAGGACUUGGGUGGACUGUCUUGAUGGGCGAUUGAUAAGUGCCCUGCCACAAGUGAAGUGGGAGGCGAAAUGUACUCUCAUGUCCACUAGAAGUUUGAUGUUGGAUAGAUCUGUUUUGUAAGUUGGUUUAUUCCUCAGUUGCGUCGGUCGUAAUGCCAUUUGGUAGAAAUUAAUUGUUUCAGUUGUCAGUGCUCCGUACACAGAGUGAUGCUGAUCAAGAUAUGGCUUGGUGGUCGGCGUUCGGCCCGAACAAGGGAACUGCAAAAGAGCUCAGUCCAGCUCAGUUACUAUGAAUAUCUCGUGUACCGAACCAAUGCACAACCACCUUGAAAAAGUGACACACGGCUACUGUAAG